AUGGCCGCCUCAUCGAGCGCAGUGGCAAUCCUGGCGGUAGUCCCGCUUGUGCCCCUCGUAUUCCUCUUGCUGAUACAGCUAUCACUGCGCGCGUUUGGUUGGCAUCUGCGUGCACGGACUAGGGAUCGAAAGACCGCGAUCCUCGAAAGGGUCAGGCGGGAGAGAGCGGCGGUAUCGGAGAAUCAACCUCCGUCACAGGAAGCCGAAGAUGGGUGGGAGACGAUCGAGAAAGAGGGCAGCGCUGAGAAUGGCAAGCCUCUCAAGGAUGAAUGGGCCGGAGGCCAUUUUCUGACUUUGAGUAGCAAUGCUGGUGGUGGCGGUGAGAGAGUCUUAUGGGCAGCCAUUGCCGCAACUCAGCGACGAUGGCCCAACGCGAUUUGCGCAGUCUAUACCGGUGACCACGACAUUGACCGAUCGUUGGUGGUAGCAACAGUCAGAACCCGCUUUGGCAUCACCCUUCAAGAACACUCCCUCGUCUUUCUGUACCUUUCGAGGCGUCGUUUUGUUCUUGCGAGCACUUAUCCUCACUUUACACUUUUGGGUCAGUCACUGGGCUCGGUGGUUCUGGCUUAUGACGCCUUUCAACUGCUUGUGCCUGACAUCUUCAUCGAUACCAUGGGUUACGCAUUUGCAGUCGCCCUUUGCAAAUACCUCUUCCCCAAUGUACCCAAUGCGGCAUAUGUACAUUAUCCGACCAUUUCCACCGACAUGCUGGAUAGCCUGGAGGACACGACAGGCCAGAAGGGGAUUCAUGCAGGUGCUGGGAAGGGGUUGAAGGGUAGAGGAAAGAAGUAUUAUUGGCGUGCAUUUGCAUGGCUCUACGGCUUUGUCGGCAGACAGAUCGAUGUGGUCAUGUGUAAUUCGACCUGGACACAAGGCCACAUACGGCAGCUUUGGAAACCGAAACGAGCGUCCUCCUCCUUCGCCGCCAUAGUUUAUCCGCCUUGUCCUGUCGAAGAGCUGGAAGCACGAAUCCCGUUGACGGAGGAGAGUGAGAGACAACGGGAAAACAUUGUCCUCUACAUUGCUCAAUUUCGACCCGAGAAGAACCAUUCCUUGAUUCUUCGUUCCUUUGCCAAAUUCUACCACGCAGCGAAGGAGAAACCCAGAUUGGUUCUCAUUGGGUCGGUUCGGAGCAACACACCGGACGAGAAGCACAUUUAUAACCUCCGACUUGAAGCACACGAACUAAGGAUCAAGGACGCCACUACCUUCAUUUGUGAUGCCCCCUUCUCAGUCAUCCUGGAGUAUCUGCGGAGGUCGAGUAUUGGUACAAACGGCAUGUACGCAGAACAUUUCGGGAUUGGCAAUGUGGAAGGACUAGCGGCAGGAUUGAUUCCUGUGGUACACAACAGCGGUGGACCCAAGCUCGACAUCGUGGUUCCAUUCGAGGGUCAGCCCAUUGGGUUCCAUGCCGAGACAGAGGAUGAGUUUGCUGCUGCUUUUGCCAAAGUGACUGGGAUGAGCAGACAGGAACGAUUCGCCAUGAGAUUAAGAGGGCGUGCAAGCACAAAGCGAUUUACAGAAACAGUUUUUGCCCAGAAAUGGGUCGACCAAAUGGAGAUACUGGUGCGGUUGCAGAAGAUCCGGGACGGCCCAUGA